AAGUCACUACACUUCACAGUGCGCCUUCAGUCCCGAGGAUUCAUACCAAGAGCUGUGCGCAAAAUUGACUUACUUAUGGGAACAUAUCAACCCUUUAUGGAUUCAGGUCAAAUUGGAUGCAACGUGCCAUAUCAAAUGAGUUAAUUGUGACGGUCACUCUGAAAUAAAUAAAAUGCUGUGUCUGCGUGACUCUGGAGAUUGCCUGCGGGACCAGAUGCACUACAUGAUGAGGUCCCUGCAGGACCUGAAGCACCUGAGAAGGACCUGCCCUGCUGCUGCCCCUGCUGCCCCUGCUGCCCCUGCCAUCACCCCUGCCCCCACCCUGGUCCACCGCUCUGCAGUGGCACGAGCCUGCUAUCAGAGGGCACUGCAGCGGGAGCGCCGUACCCGCCUACGCAUCUCUGACGCCAGUACGGCCAGCACCUACGAUUCAGCCUGCUGUCUGGCCAGUCCUCUGGAGGAGGAGGAUGCAGGCAGCCGGCUGGGUCUGGGCCUUGGUCUGGGUCUGACCUCCCCCAGCAGUGAGAAGAGUCUGGAGUUUGACUCUGGCUACUCUGAAGCCUCCUGGCAGGACGAGGCCGUGGUGCUCAGGAGGACCAGGAACGUACGGGUGUCCUCCUCCGCCUGCCUCCGAACCAACCAGGCUCCCAGUGGCCUGGUCCGGCCCAAAUCCACAUCAGACGCCUGCCUGGAGAGGUGGACCUCAUUCGAGGCCAGCGACCCAGAGGACUGGACCACGUCACUGCUGACACGGGGACGGAACAGGCAACCUCUGGUACUGGGGGACAACAGCUUUGCUGACCUCAUACAAAACUGGAUGGACCUACCGGACUGCCCUGAACCAGCAGAACUGAAGCCCAUCUCUGGCUUCUUGGUCAACAUGAGGCGGAAAAUAGCUGGGAUGUCAAAGAGUGUAGAGGGGAGGGUGAGGAUGAGGUCCUCAGACUCUUCUUCACAUGUGAGUCGGACAGCCAUGGCCCCCAAACGACUCUCCUGCCCCCUAGGGGUGCAGGCCCCUGCCCCACGCCAGUCCCCCUUCUUCCACCAGUCCCACUCUGGCCUGCAUGAACUAGACACAGACUUCUAUCAGUUCACUGCCCUCAUGAAGACUGGCAGCAGACAGCCUAUUAUCUGUAAUGACAUCAUCAGCUACAUCUGACACCAGGUCAGCGACUAACAGACACUCAUUCUAGGCAAUGGACAAUCCCCAAAGUCACUAUUUUUAUAUGAUAAAUGUUAUCACUAUGUUCUGACUAUAUACUGCCAAAAAUAAAACAAAUGUUUUGAGAUUGGAAAUAUUUGUUGUGUCAAUGACAAAUUAAACUAUAAGAUACAGGCUUUACAGUUGCUGAAUACCAGUCAGAAGGAGGUAUCAGACUGAAUGGAGAGCUAGUCAAAGUGAGGCCAGAGUAUUUAGCCUGCUGUGGUCACCAGAGAUGAAUGAAUGUCAGUCAGAGUGACAGGCGCUUCACUACUCACUGCACACACAUAAUCAAAGACAUAUUUUACUUCUUGCUCUGGGAAAAGGAACACAAAGUAGGGUUUAAUUACGUUGUUAAUUAGAAUCAUAUUGAAACUCUAGGCAAAUAGCGUAGAGAGUGGUGGGUAUCAUACAAGCUUGAGAAGAUAACCCAUUUGGACCAUUUAGUCACCGACCACUGUUUAUUUAAAACCGUUUUUCUCGUUCAAGUUAUGUAACAAUUUAAUGAUAAAAUGAAAGUCCAAAGUUAUCACAAAGAUAUCUUUACAAAAGUUGGAAUGCAUUAUAUUUUCCCAGGCCUCUUUCAUCUCAUUUAAUCCCCCAGUGCCUUCAGAAAGUAUUCACACCCCUUGACUUUUUCCACAUUUUGUUGUGUUAUAACCUUUUUUGUGAGAUUUUGUGUCACUGGCCUAAACAAUACCCCAUAAUGUCAAAGUGGAAUUGUGUUUUUAAAUUAUAAUUUUUUUAUUAAAAAUGAAAAGCUGAAA